GCUGCUCAUUACAGGUUCGUCUUGAACGGGACCAAAACAAACAGUUCAUUAAUACUGUCCUCAAAAAGGCAUCUCGCCACAUUCGGGUUCCCUUCGGAAAUAUUGCAAGUAUGGGUACAUGCUUCUAUGCUUGUUCGUGGUAAUAUCGCCCAUCCUUGUCUUCCUUCUCUGGCCGUCGAGCAUACAGUGCUUUCCUGUCCAUAUCGACCUGGAAACAUCUUCCCUCCUUGAUUGUUAUUAUACCAGCCCUCCGGUUUUCUGGGUGAUGGGGUGGAGCUUCUCUGCUGACGCCUCAUUCUCUGGACCUGUCCUGUCACAUACUGCCGAUCUCGAUUCUAUCCGGCAACUCGACACCUCUAGCAUCUUUUCACACACAAACUUUGUCCCGCAAAGAGAUCGCCCCUGCAGUUCAAGGAACCGUCCUGGACUAGAUCUGGAGGUCUCACUCGCAGCCCUAUAUGAUUAACAGACGCCAAUUAGACCCCACUGUUCCACGCACUUCACUGUCAUUCCGGGUCUGGGGCCCGUCUGGAGGAUUUAAUACACAGUCCAGGUAACCUUACUAUCCUUCCUAUUACGGCGCACGGUACCUCCCUGGAGAUGAAUCUAAGCCAGUGUGGGGGGGGGUGAAGGCUGUUCUUCAUAAAAGUCUCUA